CCACCCGGUCCCUUUUAGAGGGGGGACAUAACGGAAGCGGCUGCUCAAUCGUGUUGCGUCGAAGCCAGAGCGACCUCUUUUUGUAUUUACAAUUUCGACCAUCACUCUUGAACUCUUCACUCUUUGCCCUCGGGGGCUCAUCUGAGCAAGAAUGACGGAUCGAUACAACAUCCACAGUCAACUGGAGCAUCUCCAGUCUAAGUACAUCGGCACAGGACAUGCCGACACCAGCAAAUGGGAAUGGCUGGUCAACCAGCACCGAGACUCUUACUGCUCCUACAUGGGACACUUUGACCUGCUCAACUACUUCUCUGUAGCUGAGAACGAGAGCAAAGCGCGUGUCCGGUUCAACCUGAUGGAGAAGAUGCUUCAACCAUGUGGACCACCAGCAGACAAACCCGAUGAUGCCUAAACUGCUCUGGAUUGAGCUUUGGGUGCUUUUUCACAGAUGCUUUUUUUUUUUUUUUUCCUGCAGGAAGUUAAUAAGAUGUCUCUUAAAUCCACCAGUGACCUGCCAACACUGACUGCAUUACCCACCCACACAAUAUGUCUGCUGUUUGUCUGUAUUUCUGUUUUGUAUUACCUCCCGGAGAUUUGUUCAUGAUUCAAAGUUCUGACUUGUUUUAAAUAAAAAUAGCUUUUUCUAUUUUGA